GUCGGGGGGCGGGCUUAAGUUAACUUCUGGUUCGUCGUAGUAAACGUGUGGCGCUUCAUUGUGCUUCAGCGGCUCGGUGACUGCAGAUCUUUCGGAGAGAGGGUCGCGAUGAACAGGAUCCGAAUCCACGUCUUGCCGAGCAGUCGCAACCGACUGACCCCGCAGCCGGCGCGUCCGCAGGAGGCUCAGACUUGCGCCUUCGCCCAGCGUCUGUGCUCGCAGCCCCGGCUGGACGGCUUGGAUUUCUGCAUCAAACACGUUCUGGAGGACAAAAGCGCCCCCUACAAGCAGUGCAAUUACGUCUCCGCUAAGAAUGGCAAACGCUGCCCCAAUGCCGCGCCCAAGGUCGAGAGGAAAGACGGGGUGACAUUCUGUGCCGAGCACGCCCGCCGCAACGCCGUGGCCCUCCGCGCUCAGAUGAGGAAGGCGUCGUCCGGCCCGUCGCCAGAGGCGCUCUUGUCCCAGCUGAGCGGAUACAGCCGCGCGGAGACGCGCGGCCUCGAUGGCGGUCGCUCGGAAGCCGGUCGCCUUCUCGAUGAGGACAGUCCAAUGAGUGAGGAAGAACAGGGUCCGCUGGUACUGGAUCAGACGUGGAGAGGAGACCCCGAAAGUGAGGGCGACAGCAUCGACAGCGACCACGAGGAUCCGCUCAAACAUGCUGGCGUGUACACUGCCGAGGAGGUGGCGCUCUUCACCCGAGAGAAACUCAUCAGACUGCAGUCGCUCUACAUUGACCAAUUCAAACGCCUCCAGCAUCUGCUCAAGGAAAAGAAGCGCCGAUACCUGCACAACCGCAAAAUCGAGCACGAAACCAUCGGUAGCAGUUUGCUGACCGGACCCGAAGGCCUGUCCGCCAAGGAGAGGGAGAACCUGAAGAAGCUGAAAGCUCUGCGUCGCUACCGCCGGCGCUACGGCGCGGAAGCGCUGCUGCACCGCCAGCUGAGGGAGCGCAGACAGACGGUGACCGAGGGGGCUCCGCAGGCCCACUCGCGAGCGGCGCAGGAGAAGUGCGUUUCCUCGACGGAUGGCAAUCGCUGCCCCAAUCCCUGCCUUCCCCUGACUCGCCACUGCCUCGCCCAUAUCUUCCAGGACGGCAACCAGGUCCUGUUCAAGAGCUGUCCGGGCACCAAGGACGUCCCGUGCGAGCGUCCGGUGCACAUGGGCCAGUCGGACGACCCCCGCUGCCCGCUUCACCUCCCCCUGCCGCCUCCCAUGUACCGGCCGGAGCGGGAGCCCCCCCAGCAGGAGCACCCCACCCCCGGCGCCAGGGAGCUGUACCUGAGCGCCGCCGAGCUCCGGCCCACCGAGAGCCUCCCCCUGGAGUUCAGCGACGACUUGGACGUGGAAGGCGACGGCACGCAGGGCCCGCCGUCCCCCCUGCAGUUCGACACGGCGCUGGCCCUGGAGGACCACACCAUUCGGGCCAUCGCCGAGGCGCCCAUGGACCUGCUGACCGCCGACGACCCGGAUCAGGCGGACCCGGACGCGUCGGGACAGGACGUCGACGUCGCGAGCGAGCAGGCGGCGCCUGCGGAGGCGCGGGCCAAAGACGACGCUCCCAGAUGAAGGAAAGCCACCCCUCGCUUUUCCUCUCUGCGCAGACGGCGACCCGACUCGACACAUUUCGCCGACUGCUCUUUGAUCGGUCCCGUCCACUCGCGUUCAACGUCGCCCCGCGUCGGCCUGCGUGGAGUGCAAAAUGUUGAUUGGCGUUUGCCGCCACGGGGAGCCAACCCUGCGGCGGAGCGCUCCCCGUCGUCGUCGCCGAGUCGGUAAACAUAGAGCUGAUGUGCCGCUUUCCUUGCCGACGGGCCUUUUAGGGUGUGGAACCGCAACUGAGUUUCCGGCAGACGGUGAGGAGGUCCAGGGAUUUGAACCCCGUGUCUGAUCUUCUCGCUGGGCUGCCGCUCUUCCACAUCUUUAGAAUUGAUUUUUCCCUCAAUAAUCUGGGGGGGGGGGGUUGGAUUAAAGUUGAGUGCAAAACAUUCUUCCGCAUGACUCUGAUGAUUGUUGGCAUUUUUUGAAUGGUGAAGCCGAAGCCUCCACGGCAACACUUGGUGGGCGCAACAUCACGCAAAGGCGACCGAUGCGUUUGCCUAUUCGUUCGGAAGGCCGGCGACCGAUUCAUGCCAAUUGGGAAAGGACGACUUGUUUGCACUCCGGCGCUUGCGAGGAUGCUUCGGGUGCGAGACAGCCUGUCGAUGAACAGAGUGACGGCUUUUUUUUCGCUUUUUCCAUAAACAGAUGAUGCUCCAGUUACCGGUUCGGUCCAUAACACGUCAGACAAUCGGCAAAAGCAUUCCCCAAAGUAAAAGCGGAUGUUUACACCACGCGAACUUUUUUUACACAAAGAUCAUCGGCCGGCUCUGAUGGACGACAACAGAAAAGCGGUCGGAUGUGUCGCCAAGAGGCUGAAAUCGCGAGGCCGCGGAUCACCACGCGACGAAUGUCUCCGGUGUCGGCAAGGACCCAAAUAGUUGACAGUUGCCAAGUUGAUGAGGAAUGACGAAAUCGCGAACCUUCUGCUCGAGAACCGCGAACACGCGGGGCAGUGUGGACGACGUCUCACCGGACAUGUUUUUUUUUUUUGUUUCGGUCGGUAAUUUGACCAGUGUGAAUUGUCUGCAAAUAAAUGGAAAGAUUUGGGAGUCGGGUUGGCAGUUGUUAUUGCAUUCGAAUGAAAUAAAAGCUUGUCAU